AUGUCCGUCGCGACGUCGCGCGCGCCGUCGCGCGCGCCGGCGUCGCGUCCGCGACGGCGCGCGCGUCGCGGACGCCGCGCGACGACGCGCGCGCUCCUCGCGACGACCCGCGGGACGUGCACCGCGCACGGACUCGACGGCGCGUUCGAGCUGACCCACGACGCGCGCGGGACGACGUUCGUCGAGCGCGUGACGCUGGCGCGCGGCGACGACGCGGACGCGCUGACGACGGAGAGCGGUCGGGACGACGACGGGACGACGUGGGACGCCGACUGGUACGGCGACCGCCGCGCGACGACGCUCGACGGCGCGCACGCGUCGGCGAUGAUGACGUGGGUGCGCACGAAUCAGUGGAACGAUGAACUCGCGGCGGCGGGACGAUUGCGGAGGAAGAAGCUCGCGGAGGGGGUCGAGGCGACGGCGGCGCUGCGGCGGUACGGCGUCGAGGCGCCGACGCCGGCGAAGGUCGAAAAGCGAGGACGAGGGAGGGCGAAGCGACGAACGGGUCGCGGGUUCGGUGGAUUCGGUGGAUUCGGUGCGUCGAGCGACGCGCGAGCGCCUCGCGUGCCGAGGUGCGCGACGAGCGUGUACGCGGUGUCGAUGCUCGACGGCGGUCGAGUCGGCGGAAGAGUCUUCGUGGACGAAGCCACGGGGUUCGCUUGGCGCGCGGAAUUUUAUCAUCAACGCGGCGUCGAGACGUGGAUGUUCGAAGGGUGGGAGCGCGUGGCGGUUUCGGAGACGGACGAGGUGGCGGUGCCGCGUCUCGCGCAUCGAACGCACGCCGAGGGCCAAGUGACGACGUUUCGCGCCGAAUCGACUUCGUCGGCGAGCGAGGAUCGAGAGACGUACGCGGCGUUACCGAGCUCCAGCGUCGCGCCGUGGGCGAGCGAGCGCGCUUGGUCGGGCGAUGACGCGACGAUAGCGACGUGCCGAGGCGAAGGUGGACAUAUAUUAGUCAAGGCGACGCUGGAAUCGAGCGACGACGGCGGCGCUUCCCUGACGGAUUGGUUCGUCCUCGACACGGCGUCGACUGGACUCGCCGUGGCGCCGCACGUCGCGGACGCCGUGUCUAUGCCGUCGUUUGGUUCCAUGGCGAUAGUCGGCGUCGCCGCACCGCUCGAAGGCGCCCUCAGGCGUGGGAAAAAGUUAUCCGUCGGCGCGCUCAGCCUGUCGUCGCCGAUUUUCAUGGAACAGAACUUGGACGGCGCGCUCAGAGUGCCGAACGGCGAGCGACUGGCGGGCGUCAUCGGUUUGUCCGUGCUCGGCGCGCACGCCAUCGUUCGCAUUCACGCGCCGUUGCGCGUCCCUGGAAGUCGCGAUCCACCAAAGUUGGACGUGCGCGUGUUUCGUCCAGAGGCGUACGAGCCGAGCGCCGAGAUCGAACGCGCGUGGGAGCCCGUGGUUUUCAUAGACGGCGUUCCGUACGUCGAGUGCUCGUACACGAUCGCCAACGACGGAUUCCAGGGCGUGACUGAGAUGACCACGGAGCGCAGAGGACUGUUUAAGCUCGCGUUGGGGACCGGCGGGGUCGGCGUCGUGCUCGGCGAUCGCGUCGCCGUCGAAGCCGACGUCGCCAAUCGCACCAAGGCUUUACAGCCCGGAGGCAUCAUGUCCGGUCCCGGCGAGAGCGCCGGUCGUCUUCAGCGCGUCGGCGACGAGAUCGUCACCGGUCGAAUCGAGACCGUUCGUUUCAAAUCCUUCGAGUUUAAAAACGUUCGCGCCGUCGUCCAUCUCGACGGCGCGCCUCCGGACGCCGACCUCAGCCCGCACGCCGACGGCGCGGCGUGCGCCGACCUCUUCCGCGGCUGCGAGUUCGUGUUGGAUUUACGUCCAUCGAACCCUCGCAUCGCCGUGUGUCCGCCCUGA